AAAAUCACAGACUUAUGUUUAAAACUGUGUAAUACAAUAUUAUUUUCAAAAAGAUUGUCAAAAUAUGACUUUUGUCGCGUGAUUGUGCCUUCCACAAAAGUGACCGCUGUGAAAUAAGCGAUGAAACCCCUGCAUCAAUAGUUUGAUGUGUGGUUUCUUUGAUUUUUGAAUCACAUUUAAGGUUGAAUAAACCAGGAGCCAUUUAUUCACAACGGAAUUCCACUGUAAACAAUCAUUCAAAACUAGUUCCAGUUCAUACACUUCGUACAAUGUAACCACCCUACAUCGUUCAUAAAUACAAAAUACUGUAUAUGUGUCAGUGUGAAAUAACUUAUUUUGACUAAAAAGACAAUUGUAUGUAAUAUUUUGAGCAAAUGUUCUCAAACUCAUGUUUAAAACCGUUUAGAACAGUAUUUUUAAAAAGUGAUUUUUAAUGUGUGACUGUGCCUUACAAUACAAAAGUGACCACUGUGAAAUAAACAAUUAAACCCUUCAUCAAAAUUUUGUGACAGGUUUUUUUUUUUUAUUUUGAACCAGAUUUUAAGCUUAAUUGAUGUUGCUUGAAACAAUAGUUCUAUACUAUUGAAAAUUGCUCAGUCAUGCAUGAUAAUGUCCCACGAUAAUAAUAAUAAAAAAGUUUUGACACAAACAAAAAUCGGUUAUAUUUCGUGAGAGAGAAGCAGACUGUGAAAAUGAAUAGAUAUAAGAAGUUAAAUUUCGGCCAAUUUGAAUGAAUUGGGUGUGAUUUCUCCCCGGUGCGCUAGGUGGCGACAUGUGAUUGCAGCCAAAUCAAAAUGACCUCCUGCUGUUUGUUAGCUGGCAAAACAAUGGAAGAGAGUACACGCCAACAUCGCCAAAAGACAUUUACAUGCCAGUCGUGUGGUUUAAGUUGUCCUUAUACUUCCUACGGACAGAAACCACCUAACACCAGAGCCAUUGUGUUGCUGGAGGAGUGCUAUGUGACGAAAGACCCAUUCAGUCCGGAUAAGGACAAGUUCCUCGUUUUGGGUUCCAAGUGCAGCUUGUGUGGAGUGACUGUAUGUGUUGGCUCGGACUGCAGUCUGUUCUACACCAAGAGGUUCUGCCUGCACUGCGUCAACAAGAACCUGGAACUAUUUCCCCGCCAGGUCCGGACGGAGCUGGCCAAGAAGCCGUCGCAAUAGGUUUUAUAUAUAUAUAUAUAUAUAUAUAUAUAUAUUUAUUUUUUUACCAAAACAUAGCAUGGGACACUUCAGCACCGCCACCAUCUAAUGAAACAUACGAAAACGGUCCACUUGUAUUCAUAGGCUUUCAGGUUUAUUAUUGUGAACUGUACUUCAUAAUAAUUUCAAAUAUUUUGUCCUCCUCACAUUACUGAAUAAGAACAACCAAAAUACUGACUCGUUCAGGCGAUUGUUGACUUCUGUGGAUUCACACAGCUGUUCACUUGUGCUCAUGCCGUAAAGAUAUUUAUGGACAAACAUUUGAACUCGUAUUGUGGCUUUCUUCACCUCUGCGCGCCUGUCACAAGAUGUUUUGAUUUCCAAGGCUGCAAAGUUGAAGUCGAGGCAUAACACAAGCCCCGCGGCAAAUCUAUUGAUACAAUGUAGCAAAUGGACACCUCGCUGUUUUUUGUUUUUGUUUUAACUGUUUCACUGUUUACCACAGUUGACGGCGAGCCAACGAUGACAAAACCGCUGUUACUUUUCUCUUACUUUCGUGACAGCGACGCCUCUAAUCUGCGCUGAGUGGAUUUGCCGAGAUUUAAUCAAGUUUUUUUUUUUUAUAGUACGCCGCAAUUGGAUCAAGCAGCGCUAACUUGUGAGCAUGCCUCCAAUCAGAUGAUGCUUGUGAUAGUACUACGCGUCCCUACUAUCCGGCUUAUGUUUUAUCUAUUAAUUGCAAACAGCUUUUAAAGUCUAGGAUUUAUGAGUGCACUAUUUUGUUUUGUGUGCAGUUUGUGUACAUCACACUGGACAUUUUGUUUGUACAUCUUUAUUGUAUUUGCUUUUAUUUUGCCCUGUUUUGCUCUGCUGUCUGCAGCCAAGUUGGCAUUGCAAGAGAGAAUCUCUUCUCAAUUGGCUCCCCUGUAAAAAAAAAUAAGCUCCAUAAACUAAAAUGUAUAUCUUU